UCUCUCUCUCUCUCUCUCUCUCUCUUGAUAUCUUGAAGGAAAUGGCUGUUAUGAUCAGAAAGCCAUAUGCCUACUCAAAGAUGGACAAGGAGGACCCAGAAGAGGUCAUUCAUCGACGAGCGCAGUUCUUGAUCUACAAAGUGUUGCAGCAAGCAGAAACGCGAAGAAGGCCGUUGAAUUUGAGGAUCAGAAUACGAAAGUUGAAGGUGAAGAUUGGGAGGAGAUUAAAGAAGUUGAGGAAGAGCAUGCUGCUAAGUAUAUCUGCAGCCAGAGUCUGCGUUUAUAAGCAAGUUUUUAGUCAACUGAAAACUUGCAAGACUUUGUUUGGCCGCGGGGAGGGAGCCAUUGGCGCCAGUCUUCCAGCUUUGUUCACUUAAUUGAACCACUUUUGGUUGUGUUGUGUCUCUUACCGUUUUGAGAAAUACCAGGUUGUAAUUUUGGUGUUCGAUUUUUGCUCACAGAUAAAUAUAAUAUGGGAUGUUACAUA